AUGGCAGACCCAGAGGAAUUCAUACCAGCUCGUUGGCCAGUGCUGGCGGCCGAGGCGCUGAACCCUGCUCAGCCCGCGCAGCGCCGCGCGCGGCUCCGGGCAGCGCUGCCGGCACCGGCCGAGCGCCGGCCUCGCGGGCGCCUCCCGAGCGGGGAUGGACCCACCACCCGAGCGGAGCCUCUCAACAAGAACCGGGCCGGGGGAAGACAAAGCGGGAGGGGACAGCUCUACCUGACGCAGGACCAGAUCAUAUUCCACCACAAGGCUAAGGGCUCUACCACCAUCCGCUUUCCUCUUCAGCUCUUGGGGGCCUGUGCGAUCGGCGAGGAGCCCAACACCAAGCAGCAGCACAUCAAAGGGACUGUUACCUCCAUCCAUGGAGUUUUAACCUUCAAAUUCAUCUUCUCCUAUGGAGCUAGCACCUGUCUGAGCCUGAUCCAAGACCUGUGCUCAUCAGCCGAGCGGCCGUGCCCGGAGCACCCCGUUCCCAAGCGGUGCCGGCGUCGGGGCCGCGGCGCGGAGCCCAGCAGCGGCGGGGUUAACCAGGGCCCGCGCGGCUGGACGGGCGUCAAGGUGGUUGCUCCAUCCCUGCCCGCGCGCUGGGGGGGCCGCAGAGCGGCGCGGCGGACUCGGAGCGCUGCCGUCCCGCCCGGCGGCCACCAUGAGCCCAUGGCAAGUCAGCCAGAGAGCAGAGAUCACUCCAGCCAGGCAACUUUGCUAGGACACAAGAAGGUCAGGAGGACUCUCCUGGCCCAGGAUCAUCUCCUAGAGCAGCCAUCAAGCAAGCAACAAAGUCCCUCGCUAUUGCCUCCUCAUGCCACGCUUGGUCAGCUAAUACUUCCUAUUUCCUUGCCUCCCACAGCAGCCGUCGCCCUCCUGCUCCCCUUGGCCCUGCUGCUGGCAACCGCGUCGCAGCCGCCGGAGGGAGAAGGCCCAAAGGAGCAGCCAGACGCGGAGCCCCUGCAAUGCCCCGGUUCGUGCGCCUGCAGCUUUGACGACUACAGCGAGGAGCUCAACGUCUUCUGCAGCGCGCGCAACCUCACGCACUUUCCGGACGACGUCCCUACCAACGCCAAAGCCCUCUGGCUGGACAGCAACAAUUUCACCUCGCUGCCGGCUGCAGCAUUCAGGAACCUCUCCAACCUGGACUUCCUUGACCUGCAGAGCAGCCAGGUGGCUGCUGUGGAGCAGGACGCCUUCCAUGGGCUGCGGGGCCUCUACCACCUCCACCUGGAACGCAACCAGCUCAAGUAUUUGGCGCCCCACACUUUCCUUCACACUCAAAACCUUGUGUCCCUUAGCCUCAAUAACAACCUCUUCAUCAAGCUGGAGGAAGGACUGUUUGCUGGUCUCUCCAACCUGUGGUAUCUGAACCUGGGCUGGAAUUCCCUCGUGGUCUUGCCUGACAAGAUUUUCCAUGAUUUACCCAACCUGAGGGAGUUGAUCCUGGCUGGAAACAAGCUCCUCUACCUGCAGCACCAGCUCUUCUGCAGUCUUACCGAGCUGAAGGAGUUGGAUCUAAGCGGGAACUCUCUCAAGGGAAUCAAGAUCAACAUCUUUGUCAAGCUGCAGAAGCUACAGAAGCUGUACUUGAACCACAACCAGAUCAGUGCCAUCGCACCCCGCGCAUUCAUGGGCAUGAAGUCACUCCGGUGGCUGGAUCUCUCGCACAACCGUCUUGUCUCACUCUUUGAGGACACUUUUCUGGGUCUCCUGAGCCUGCAUGUCUUACGCUUAUCCACCAAUUCCCUCACCAGCCUGAGACCUAGGACUUUCAAAGACCUCCAGUUCCUGGAGGAGCUGCAGCUGGGACACAACAGGAUCAGAGGCCUGGCAGAAAGGACUUUUGACGGGCUGGGCCAGCUGGAGGUCCUCACUCUGAACAACAACCAGAUACAAGAUAUCAGGGUUGGGGCCUUCCUGGGGCUGUACAACACCGCAGUGAUGCACCUGUCUGCCAAUUGCAUCAAGGUGCUCCCUGACCAUGUCUUUAAGGGUGUCUCUAAGUUGCACAGCCUUCACUUGGAGCACAGCUGCCUUGGCAGGAUCAGAACAAACACGUUCUCCAGCCUCUCCAGCCUGCGGAGGCUCUUCUUACAGCACAACACCAUUUCUGUGAUCGAAGACCAAAGCUUCAGCGAUCUGCAUGAACUCUUGGAGCUGGAUCUGAAGAACAACAGGCUGAGCCACCUCUCACCCAAGCUCUUUGUGGGACUAAGCAACCUGGAGUACCUCUUUCUCUCCUCCAACCAUCUCCUGGAGAUCUCACAGGACACUUUCAGCCCACUCCAGAGACUUUUCUGGCUCGAUCUCUCAAACAACCAGCUGGAGACGCUGGACAACACUGUUAUCUCCCCGCUGUCAAACCUGCGGUACCUCAGCCUCAGGAACAACUCUCUGGAAACCUUCUCCGUCAGCUUUCUGUGCUCUUCAUUCGCGCUGGAGCAGCUGUGGCUGGAGGGGAACAACUGGCACUGCAACUGCUCCCUGAAGGGCCUGCGGGACUUCUCUUUGCAGCACCCAGUCGUGGUCCCACGGUUCGUGCAGUCCGUGGUGGAGGGGGACGAUUCCCACAUCCCCGUAUACACUUACAACAACCUCACCUGCCUCAGCCCCCCAAACGUGACAGGCCUGGAUCUCCGCGACACCAGUGAGGACAACUUUGCUCACUGCUGACAGGGCGCCUCCGCUUUCCCGAGGACUUG